GGAACCAUGGUCAUAUCGCUGAGAGGCAGUGAACAGCAGAGGUCUAACGACAUCUCAGCUACUCAUUAGCGCAGAGAUACGUUGAAGUGAGAAGACGUCUCGGUGCGAGCAUUUCUGAAGGCAAUGUUAACUUUCGGAUAGUACCGUUUGCUAGACUGUCUAGCGUUUUGAGUGGGGGGGGGAGCUAGCUCCCAGCUUACUCACUGGUGUUCUGCGGUGGAAGAAGCAAAAAAAUGUCGUCUCCAAGUCCGGGUAAAAGGCGAAUGGAUACCGAUGUGGUGAAACUCAUCGAGAGCAAGCAUGAAGUCACCAUCCUCAGUGGACUCAAUGAAUUUGUAGUGAAGUUUUUCGGACCACAAGGAACACCGUACGAGGGAGGCGUGUGGAAAGUGCGAGUAGAUCUUCCUGAUAAAUACCCAUUCAAGUCACCAUCAAUAGGAUUCAUGAACAAGAUUUUUCAUCCCAACAUUGAUGAAGCAUCGGGAACGGUGUGCUUAGAUGUCAUCAACCAGACAUGGACAGCCCUUUAUGAUUUGACCAAUAUCUUUGAGUCGUUCCUGCCCCAACUACUGGCCUACCCAAACCCCAUUGAUCCCCUGAACGGAGAUGCAGCUGCCAUGUACCUUCAUCGGCCAGAGGAAUACAAGCAGAAAAUCAAAGAGUACAUUCAGAAAUAUGCAACAGAGGAGGCUCUGAAGGAGCAGGAGGAGGGGGCAGGCGACUCUUCAUCUGAAAGCUCCAUGUCUGACUUCUCAGAAGACGAGGCCCAGGACAUGGAGUUGUAGUAAUAGGAGGGCCCCCCCCCCAUCCCGACCCCUUCCUUUAACCCCAGAGAGACUAUAUUUGAUUUCCUAACCAUGAGAAAGCAGACUUAUAAUAUUCAUAUUUAAACAAGUUGAUUUUUUUAUUAUUAUUACUACUAAACAAGGAUUUUUAUGGAUAUAUAGCCUUUGGUGUGUUUGACCCCCUCCCAUUCUGUAGCUGUUUCUCCCCACACGCAUCCACAUUCUCUGCCUGUCAGUCUGCUCAUUUGUUUGGUGCGUCAUGUAGGAAGCUUCCAUGUGAACAUCCGAUUUCUCUACUCAAAUCCACUCCCAAACUUCCCAUUUGGCUUCAGUCAUAAUUUCCUUUCUUUUUCCAUAAUGCUAAUUGACUCUGACCAUUUUGUUGGCCCCCAUCAGAGCUGCUUAGGUCUUACUUGCCCUGGUGUACAUCACCACAGUGCUAUUCUGUAGCAAAGGCAGUAUUUUUUUUUUUUUAAUGCACACACUGACACACAAGUGUCUGAGCACAUUUUACAUGAAGUGCAGUGCCAAUAGACGCUAACAAGUCAACCUGUAAUACCUCUUAAGCAUAUCUCUUAAAACAUAUGACAGUAUAAAAUAGGUCUUUUUUUUUUUUUCCUCGUUCAGUUCAGAUGCUACGUGAGCUGUUACAUUACUUUUUGUUACUCCGUGUUGACCUGCAGCUGCCAGUAUACCUGUGCCGACCUGUUUGAGCUGCUCUUCCUUUAGCAGGCAGAGCUUCCUGUGCCCAUAGCCAGAACUGUUUACCUGAGGUGACCACUCUCAUUGACAUCAUGCAGAGCCAAGAGUAGAAAAAAAGUGUAUCAAAGCAAGCAUUUAGAGCAGUCUGAAGCCUGUUUUUAGCUCUCUGCAAUUUACUGGCUCAUAUGAUGUCCUCAUUAUGUGAAACUGUACAUGUUUAAUAUGAGAAUCCAACAUUAUAAGAAAAAGCAUAAUAAGUCCCCUUUAAUGCAUGUUUCCUCACGGGGGGAGUGACAAUACUAAAGGUCUGUUUUGUGGAAUAUAUGUUAGCUGCACAAACUGUAUAAGAUUAAUGCACACAGGGAGUGAGGAUAGAAGUUAGUCUAAUAGAAGUUAUUUUGUGUUUGUUUUGGGUUUUUUUGAUGGGCAUUCUGGUCAGACUCACUUGGUAUUUUGGGAACUGAAAAUAAACCAGAGCUACACUUUAACCAUCUGACCAAAUGACUUUUACAAUUCACAUCAUCUCAAACACACGAGCACCAAACAGUCGUUGUGCAGGGAGGCCUCAAUAUUACAAUCACCUGUAUUUGUGUUUUUUAAAACGCAUUUCUAGUAGCGUUAUUGGUCCUGAGGAACUUUUCUGAUAUAUGAUUUUUUUUUUUUAAAGAAACAGCACUAAAGUCUGUUUUAAUCUUGAUAAAAAGCAACAAAAAUGGUCAUAUGGUUAUUGAGUGGAUCUGAGUGAAAUUGAAGAGUAAUUUGUGACCCUACAUUCAGGUUAGUGUUGUAUCAGUCCUCCUCACAUUCCACUGUUACUCGGGAUUUGCUCCAAUGCAUGCCUUCCAUGUUGGUCUGACUGGUACGUAACCCGGCGGUGUCGAGUGGACUGUGUCUGCUUACAAGGAUCUCUGUUUGGAUUGCAAAUUUUGAGCCCUGUACGUGACAUCUAACUGUACAGAUCUGAGUUCCUAAGUUUUAAAAAAAAAAAAAAAAGCCAAAAAAUAAAUAAAUAAUAGUGUUAUUCACUGCGGCAGGUGAAGAUGUAAAUCUAUGAUGUGUGGAAAGAAAUUGCAAUCACAUUUUUGAGUUUUGAUG